CGCCGUGAGAGAAGAGGGGGGCAGAAAAUGAGCGGCGGAGGAAACAACGUCGUGAACAGAGUCUUUUACGCGACGUCGUAUCAUCCGAUUCAAGCGGGAAGUAUCGACGGAACCGACGUUGCGCCACACGAUAACGGGGUCCGUCGAGCUCUCCUCUGUUACAACGCCGGUCUAUAUGAUCCGUCUGGUGAUUCGAAAGCCGUCGGAGAUCCUUACUGUACUCUCUUCGUGGGUCGACUCUCUCAUCUUACUACGGAGGAUACUCUUCGAGACGCCAUGAGUAAGUAUGGCAGGAUUAAGAGCUUUCGCUUGGUCAGGCACAUUGUGACAGGUGCUUCACGGGGAUAUGGUUUUGUGGAGUAUGAGACUGAAAAGGAGAUGCGCCGUGCUUAUGAGGAAGCUCAUCAUUCCUUUAUCGAUGAUCGGGAGAUUAUUGUUGAUUAUAAUCGGCAGCAACUGAUGCCUGGGUGGAUACCAAGAAGAUUAGGAGGUGGACUCGGUGGCAGAAAAGAAUCUGGACAACUUCGUUUUGGAGGACGAGAAAGACCUUUCCGAGCUCCCUUGCGGCCAAUCCCCCAUGAAGAUUUGAAAAAGCUCGGCAUUCAACUUCCGCCUGAGGGAAAAUAUAUGUUGCGUACUCAGAUCCCGUCACCUCCUAGGAGAAAAGGAAGUGUGUUGGAUAGGGAGGACGGACAUUAUCAAGAACAGAGGAGCUCUGUAGAAAGGGAAGAAGAGCUUAAAAGGUCUUAUCACAGUCACAGGAGGAGCUCACACACACAUAGCUCCCAUAGAAACCGCAUCAAAGACAGAGAGGAGCGUUCCAAGAGAGAGUCUGGGUCUGAUAGAAAAGAGAGAUCACGAGGGAAGGCAGAUCGAUAUGGUGACAAUAAGGAACAAGUUUCUGGUACUAGUAGAAGAUCACACGACGACACAGAAAAAGAACGCUCUCACAAACGUCAUAAAAAAUAUUGACUAUAAAUAGUUUCACGCGAUAGCUUAAAAUUGUUUCUUCUAUGAUUCUUCCUAUACAGAGGAGUUGUAACCGAAUUAUUCAAAAUGAUUACAGAUAAAAAAACGCUUUAUUAUCUUUU